AAAAUAACCACACAAAAAGCAUUUAUUGUUUAAAAGGACACCAUUAUGGAGGCUCAGUGACCUUCAGCCCUAAAGGAACCAAUGCAGAUGGGAGCAUGAGGGUUGAGUUUCGACUCAAGCGAACCUAUGACUGGUGUGAUUAUAGUUGGUGGUCCUGCUCCUCUGGAGAUUGUGGCUAUGAAUCCAGCAGUCACCAUGGUCAAAUCGAUAGCAGCUCUAACGGCAGAAGUGCUUACUACAACAACUGGUGCCAAGCGGAAACUGUUGUCACAAGAAACAUCCAUGGAAACACACCCUUUGACCUGCAGGACUCCUCGUGCUGCUGGGUGCCCACAGUCAACAACGUUGUUUGGUGGUUCCUCCAGGCACACGUAGAUCUAGGCAUAAGAGCUGAUACCAAUCAACCCAACCGAUCACCUGUCACCACUACUUUACAACUUCUACGUGUACCCCAAAACUGUCCUCGUACAUAUCAUCUGAUGGCCUAUGACCCAGAUGGUGAUCAGGUCAGAUGUAGAUAUGGAGCUCAGCAGCAUGUCGAAUGUGCCACAUGUGACCAGCCAAGUGGUUUCCACCUAGAUCAACGUGCCUGCACACUAGACUACAACUAUGCCUACACAACAGGCGUCUACGGAUUUGAGCUGAUUGUGGAGGACUUCCCAAGGAAACACACCACUCUGGCCUAUACUGAUGGCUCCAGCUCUUACAGAUGCUCUCUGAAUGGUGGAAGACACCAAAGGUCAAUCACCAUGACACCGUACCCAUGGUAUUACCAAAGUACUGUUCCAUGGUGGCAACAAACUACAUCUGCUUCACCGUGGUGGUGGUGGUGGCAACAGCAACAAUCGACCACCACUCCACCUACAACUACACCGUGGUGGUGGUGGCAACAACAGCAACAAUCGACCACCACUCCACCUACAACUACACCAUGGUUGUGGUGGCAACAUCAACAGACAACCACUGCUCCACCUACAACGGCCCAGUGGUGGUGGUGGCUGCAGACCACGACCACAACCACAACAACACAGCCACCUCAAGAGUACACAACUUCCAUGGCUUCACAUCAGCGUUCUUAUGAACCUUUCAGCAAGCUCCCUCUACAAUUCAGUGUUCUCGUUGAUUCAGCUGCUCCUUCCUGCACCGAGGGACAUUACAUACCUCACUUUGUGUCGCCAACUCCACGCAAUGGAGAUGAAAUCCAAGCUACGCCACACCAUGAAGUGGAAAUCCGGGUUAAGGCUGCAGCAGCUUAUUCAACGGUUACUGAUGUCAUUAUCAGUGGUCCUCUGAACAUAACUAAGCACGCUUUGAGCACUGGAGAGUACGCCAUCAGAUGGACACCAAUGAGGAACGACCUCGGAGAUCAUUUCCCCGUGUGUUUCAUUGCUGAGAGCAUGAGUGGAAGCAGCGUUUAUCAGUCUGAAAUGAGAUGUGUCAUGAUCAACGUUGGACGCCAGACUGUGGAUGCAAAUGUGAUUUGCUCUGCAACCAACAUGGUUGUUGAAAUUGAGCAGCUGCACUCCGUCGGGCUCCACAAGGACUAUCUGCGACUCAACGAUCCCGCCUGCACUUUGGACUCAAACGGCACUCAUGUGUUGGCAAACUUCUCCCUCAAUGCUUGUGGUACCAUGAUUGAGGAGGAUGAAGAGUACAUCAUUUUCAAGAAUGAAAUUUUCUCAACCGAUGACCCAAACAGCAUCAUUACCAGAAAGCAUGAGGUGGAGAUUGAGAUCUCCUGUCGUUACGAGAAGAAAAACAACAUCUCACUGGAGUUCACUGCACAGAGACACAUAACCACCAUCACCGAGAAAGGCUUUGGUACCCUCACCUACAGCUUCGGACUUUUCAAAACAGCAAACUACCACACAGAAAUAGACGUGACUGCAUAUCCGGCGGAGUACGAGCUUGGGGAGAUGAUUUACAUGCAGAUUGAAUCCCAGUCUACAAUCAGCAACACCGAGCUUUUCGUCGAAUCAUGUGUUGCGACACCAUACAAUGACCCCAACUACCAAACGUCCUACACAAUCAUCCAAAACGGCUGCAUCUUGGAUGAAACGGUUGAGUUCUACACAAGCCACCAGUCAAUGGUCCGCUUCGGCCUGCAAGCCUUCCAGUUCAUUGGAAUGCAUGAGCAGGUGUUCAUCACCUGUUCGGUGAUUCUGUGUGAGGCAAACAAUCCCAACACCCGCUGCUCUCAGGGCUGUGUCAACAGCACAGUUGCACCACCGUCCCACCACCUUCACAAAAGAGAGGCUCCCAUCCAGACCAGCAGUCACUUAGUCGGCCAGGGGCCCCUGCGGCUGAAAAGGAGCGUAGAGCGUGAAGUGUCCUCCACGGUCAUGAACCUGAAUCUGGUUUUCAUUGCUGGAUGUCUCCUUGCAGCUGUUGGCAUGGUGUGUGGUGUUCUCAUCUACAGAACCAGGAGAUCAGGCGUCAAAUAUCAGCCUCUUAAGUCAGAUGACAUUUAAUGGAUCAUCUUGAAGACUACAAAAAAUGUGUCCUCUUUGCUUUCUCAGGGAAGAUUAUUAUUAUUUUGUUUUCUUUAAAUAUUGUAUUAUAAUCCGUAAAUGGUCGUUAUUGGGUUAUUUUUCAAAACUGUCACUGUUUUGGUCUAUUAGUGUGUACCUUUGUAUUGCACCCUUCACA